AAGCCGGUUGCCUUCUCCUUCGCUCUUGGCUUCGCGCAUGUGCAGUAGAGAGUGGCGCGAGCCAGCGGCUUUCGGCCGAAGAACAUGAUGCAAGGGGAGACAAAUCCUAGUGCUUCCCUCAUUGACAGAACCAUCAAGAUGAGAAAAGAAACAGAAGCUAAGAAAGUAGUUUUAGCCUGGGGACUCCUAAAUGUAUCCAUGGCUGGAAUGAUAUAUACUGAAAUGACUGGAAAAUUGAUUAGUUCAUAUUAUAAUGUGACAUACUGGCCCCUCUGGUAUAUUGAGCUUGCCCUUGCAUCCCUCUUCAGCCUAAACGCCUUAUUUGAUUUUUGGAGAUAUUUCAAAUACACUGUGGCACCAACAAGUCUGGUUGUUAGCCCUGGACAGCAAACACUUUUAGGGUUGAAAACAGCUGUUGUACAGACUACUCCUCCACAUGAUCUGGCAGCAACCCAGAUCCCUCCCUCUCCACCUUCUCCUUCAAUUCAGGGUCAGAGUGUGUUGAGUUAUAGCCCAUCUCGUUCACCCAGUACCAGCCCCAAGUUCACCACCAGCUGUAUAACUGGAUAUAGCCCUCAGCUGCAAGGUCUGUCAUCAGGGGGCAGCGGUUCCUAUAGCCCUGGAGUGACUUACUCUCCCGUCAGUGGUUAUAAUAAGCGCACACUGAUGCUCUUUAAAUUCAUCAUUGUAGGGAGUCCAGACUCUACCUCGCCUUCCACCAGUCCUACUUUCUGGAACUACAAUCGUUCUAUGGGAGAUUAUGCACAAACUUUAAAGAAGUUUCAGUAUCAACUUGCCUGUAGGUCUCAGGCCCCCUGUGCUAACAAAGAUGAAGCUGAUCUCAGUUCUAAACAAGCUGCAGAGGAGGUUUGGGCAAGAGUGACUAUGAAUAGACAACUUCUUGAUCAUAUGGAUUCAUGGACAGCUAAGUUCAGAAAUUGGAUCAAUGAGACAAUAUUAGUGCCAUUGGUACAAGAGAUCGAGUCUGUGAGCACACAGAUGAGACGAAUGGGCUGUCCUGAGCUUCAGAUAGGAGAGGCUAGUAUUACUAGCUUGAAACAAGCUGCGCUGGUCAAAGCUCCUCUCAUUCCAACUUUGAAUACAAUUGUGCAGUAUCUAGACCUUACACCAAAUCAGGAAUACUUGUUUGAAAGGAUCAAAGAACUUUCUCAGGGAGGCUGUAUGAGUUCAUUUCGAUGGAAUAGAGGUGGAGACUUCAAAGGACGCAAGUGGGAUACAGACCUGCCCACUGAUUCUGCUAUCAUCAUGCAUGUAUUUUGCACCUACCUCGAUUCCAGAUUACCUCCACAUCCUAAGUACCCUGACGGAAAAACAUUUACUUCUCAGCACUUUGUUCAGACACCAAAUAAACCAGAUGUGACAAAUGAGAAUGUUUUUUGCAUUUAUCAGAGUGCUAUCAACCCUCCCCAUUAUGAGCUAAUCUACCAGCGUCAUGUCUACAAUCUUCCAAAGGGCCGAAAUAAUAUGUUUCAUACAUUGUUAAUGUUCCUCUACAUCAUAAAGACUAAAGAGUCAGGAAUGCUUGGGAGAGUUAAUCUUGGUCUGUCCGGUGUGAAUAUUUUGUGGAUUUUUGGCGAGUAGUGGAUCAUUUAAUUCCAAACAUUUGGACUUUUCUUUGGUUGAACCGGAAGUUGAAUCUAAGCAUCUCUGAGUCACUGCCUCUUUUGAAAUAAGAUACAUAUGUGUGUUACAGACUCUUUAGAUUUAAUGAAAAAUCAGCUAUUAUGAAACUUACUUGUAAAAGUAUGUCCUAAAUCUUCUACACCAAGAGACAUUACUUUUACUUUUUUAUUACCUUUCAGAUUUUUCAGUUGCCUAUAAAACUGCAACCCUUCAGAUAUUUGUUGACCCAAAGCAGUGCAAUUUCCCCUUCAUUAAGCAAUUUGAGUCCUUUUUCAUUGUAACCUACAAAUGAGAAUCAUGCAUCUAAUUUUU